CCAACGCUGGAUGUGAGCGCCACUGUGAGCUGUCUCUUCCCCCAGAUCGAAGAUGGCGGUGUCGGUGUUUCCCGGCGUGCGGCUCCUCUCUAUCGGAGACGCAAACGGAGAAAUACAGCGUCACUCCGAGCAGCAGCCUCUACGACUGGAGGUGAAAGCCACACAGGACGCGGCCCUGAUCAACCUCUCCAAUGGUGAGUGGACUUGAGACAGCUCUUCCAUACCCCGGUUCGGCCUGGGCUCCUGGCUAACUUACGUUACCCUGGCUAACUAGCCAGAGCUAAAUGCUAACAAGCUAGCUAGCUAACCGAUGCGAGUGCCUGGUCUUGCACAUGUGUGCGGAUGGGGGUUCCACUUCAAAACCGACUGGUUCCACCUAUAGAAUCCAACGUAACGGGGACUGUUGUUUUCGCUUAUCGAUACUAGCUAGCUAAAAUAACUUAGUUAGCUACUUCUCCAGCACCGCGACAGCGCACACUGUUGGUAGCUUAGCUAACUAUAGGUGGUUAGCAUUAGCAAGCUUACUGCGUUCAUUUCGUGGCUUGUGGACCACGUUUUGUCUUACCUACCUAUUUGUCUUGAAGAAUAUUAUUUAAAGUAGUUAUUUCAUGCGAAGUAGUCUGUUUUAGCUCACACGAGACGUUUCCUGGACAGCUAACUAAGUGUGACCAAACAUAUUAGUUACCUAGCUACCCUUGUUUACUAAUAUCAACUUCCUAACAAUUUAGCGCCAGAUUGCCUUUCAAUGAUGCAGCAUCCUAUCCCGCAGCUAAGCCUACUAGCCAGCUCGCUACACAUUGAUGCAGAUAGCCAAUGCUAAUUGACAUGUUAGCGUGCGCUUUCAUUUCUGCUCCAAAAAGCUAACUGUCAGCCAUACUACGCAAUGAUGUGCCCUUCAUGCCACAUAGUACUAACAGUUAAAACCAACUGCGUCAUAUUGGCAUUGCCCUCUUUAUUAGCUAGUUAGAUGGUUUUUAUGAUAAAGCAAGAUAACGUUUGACCCUUUGAGAUGUGUAUCUUAAGUGUGUUUUGUUUUAGAACGUCGUCGUCUUUGCGCACAGAUCAUAGUAGCGGUGCAAGCAAGCUAAGUAGCGCGUGCUACUUUAUGGUCCACUCAUCUACUGUAGCUACCUAGCUGAGUUAAAAAUAAGCGAUAAUCGAAAUCGUUCCAAAGAACAGGCUAAAGGAGGCCUUGUGUGUCGAUGAGCUAAACCAGGCUCGUAUUAGUUAUUCAUCUUUGUUCUCCUCUGAACAAUAGCCAGCUAGUCCCCCACCUACCCUCUCCCCUGUCGUUGUCUUGUGUGCUCGCGCUCAGAGCUUGCAGCUUUUGUUACACUGAGGCACAGAUGGGAUGGCCCUUUCAAGAAGCCGUGAUGUCCCUAGUUUUGAUACAGUCAAGCUUGGGCUGUGGGGAAAGUGGAAAUGGGUGUGUGGCUGUGUGUUUUUCAAGGUGUCCUAUCAAAGUUUUAUGAUGUGUGUGAUUGCCUGGUCUGGUCCAUAGGCCCAACAGCAGUUUCCUCCUCCCAACAUUCCCAUGAUGAAAGAUAAACGUUUCCAUACCAGGCAGGAAUGAACUCCCGAUUGAAUUGCUACUUAGACCAGCACGACUGAGAGUCUAAAGUAAUAUGACCAGUUUUACGUUUUCCAAUUGGAAAAAUAACCUCAGUGUCUUGCCAGACAAUCAUUUUAUUUCUGCGUUAUUAUAGCCACAAUAGCACCUCAAUAAAACACAGCACACUAGUAAUGGCUAUUGACAUUUAUUAUAGUGGGCUCAUCAUGCUGGAAUGGGUGUAUUUAAAUCUUGUCCAUGAGGGGCAAUGUCUUGGCCCAGCAAAAAUAUCAUAAUUUUGCUCUUCACUUUGACAAGUGUCUGUAUGAUGACCUGACAUUACCUUGUUAGAACAUUGACAUGGCUAUCAUCUGGUUGUUACAUAUCUGUAACAUGUCUAUAGUGACAGUCCUUGUCCCCCAUCUGUCAUUCUGUCAUUGCCCACAAUGUUCAGCUGUAGGCCUUGUAGACAGGACCUGUCGAGUGGAGGGAGAUGGUUGUAGCCAAAAUAUUUUAAAGCAUGCACUCUAUCUCUCUCUCAGCCCUUGCAUCGAACAUACACUUGUUAAGCAACACACACACUCCCUCAUAUGUAUUUAUUGCAGGUUAAUCCUGUGUCAGUAGCUAGUUUGGUCUGUUAAUAAAACAUGCUGCCUCUGGCUAAUUUUUGUAACAGCGCUAGUCUUAAUCCCAUCACAACUGCUGAAUUAAACCACAGAUUAUCUCACUGCCCGCACAGCACUAGACCUACCUUGCCAAAGUAUUGCUUUCACAUAUCCAGUCUUUAAAACUGUGAUCUUUAUCAUCCAGGAGUGUGUGUGAAAUAGCUUCAAAAGAAGAAAUUACUAACUUUCCCUCUGCUAAAGGAGGUUACAAAUAGCUCUUUGCUUGCUGCUAUGGUUGAGAUGCUUUGAUGCUAAUUUAGUCAAUAAAGCACUGUGUGCGAUAGGGCCAAUUGUGUGUUAGCAUGUUGUUCUUCAUGUUGUGUGACCUACGGACCUACCACGUACUCCUGUGCCACGCAUAUUCCAUGAAUGACCUGUUGUAGGCAUGUUGCCGUGCCCUAACUAAUGUAUGCCUCCUCCCACAGCAGAGGAGACAUGCGUGUUCAAGUGUUCAGUCUCCCGGGACACAGAGUGCAGUCGCGUGGGGAAACAGUCGUUCAUCAUCACGCUGGGCUGCAACAGCGUCCUGCUACAGUUCACCUCACCUGCAGGUAGGUAACCCCUGGCAACAACCACUGCUGUGUCUCAGAGAAUGCUGUCAUUGUCUGUCUGUCUGUCUGGUUUUUCCAUCUGUCUUUGACUGCCUGCCAGUAGGCUAUAUCUGUCUCUGUCAUUGACCCUCUGUCUCCUGUGUGUCUUUGACUCCCUGUCCUGGUGCACAUGUUCCUGUCCUCAUAAAGAGAUUCUUAUUGUUUCUCAAACUUGUCUUGCCUCUGUCAUGUUUGUGAACUGUUAUAAUUUGUUAUAACUGGUCUUUGAUUUUUCCAUACUAUGACUGGCUUAAGACCGUUUAGAACUGUUAUGUCUGAUUUGUCCUGCUUAUAACCUGUUAUGACUAUCUUCUCAAGAGUUCUCAUCGUUCUAUAACCUCCUGAAGAACUGCCGCGGCCACAGUGGAGAGCAGUCGGUCUUCAGCGACAGGACAGAGGAAUCAUCCGCAGUACAGUACUUCCAGGUACACACGCAGAAUCUGCCACUCAUUGCAAUAAUUCAUUUAUUCCAACCUUGAUUAGCUCAGUGACUAUUAAAACACCUCAUGAAAAAUAAGCUGUUCUGUCACUUUCUUUUCCUCUCUCUCGUUCUCUCUCUCCUUCGCUCUUCCAGUUCUAUGGCUAUCUCUCUCAGCAGCAGAACAUGAUGCAGGACUACGUCAGGACAGGAACCUAUCAGAGGGCCAUUCUCCAGAACCACAUUGACUUCAAGGAUAAGGUACUGAUGCACUGUCCUGGAACUUAAAUAUAGCUUCCUCUGAAUUGAGUCCUUUGCUGAGUAUUUGAAACUAAACUGAUGUUUAAUUGGUUUGGGAUGUAGACACUGCUGGAUUUCAUUGAUGUCUUUAUCAGGGAAGAAUUAGAAUCCAUUCCCCUCUCUCUCUAGGUGGUGUUGGAUGUGGGCUGUGGUUCAGGGAUUCUGUCGUUCUUUGCUGCUCAGGCUGGGGCCAGAAAGGUCUACGCUGUGGAGGCCAGCACCAUGGCCCAGCACGCAGAGGUAACACACACACACACAAAACCAUGUCGAAAUUAAAAUUGACCUACAGAACCAGUCAAAAGUUUGGAUACACCUACUCAUUCAAGGGUUUUUCUUUAUUUUUACUAUUUUCUACAUUGUAGAAUAAUAGUGAAGACAUCAAAACUAUGAAAUAACACAUAUGGAAUCAUGUAGUAACCAAAAAAGUGUUAAACAAAUGGAAAUAUAUUUUAUAUUUGAGAUUCUUCAAAUAGCCACCCCUUGCCUUGAUGACAGCUUUGCACACUCUUGGCAUUCUUUCAACCAGCUUCACCUGGAAUGCUUUUCCAACAGUCUUAAAGGAGUUCCCACAUAUGCUGAGCACUUGUUGGCUGCUUUUCCUUCACUCUGCGGUCCAACUCAUCCCAAACCAUCUCAGUUGGGUCGGGGGAUUGUGGAGGCCAGGUCAUCUGAUGCAGCACUCCAUCACUCUCCUUCUUGGUAAAAUAACACUUACACAGCCUGGAGGUGUGUUGGGUCAUUGUCCUGUUGAAAAACAAAUGAUAGUCCCACUAAGCCCAAACCAGAUGGGAUGGCGUAUCGCUGCAGAAUGCUGUGGUAGCCAUGCUGGUUAAGUGUGCCUUGAAUUCUAAAUUAAUCACAGACAGUGUCACCAGCAAAACACCCCCACACCAUAACACCUCCUCCUCCAUGCUUUACGGUGGGAAAUACACAUGUGGAGAUCAUCCGUUCACCCACAUCGCGUCUCACAAAGACACGGUGGUUGGAACCAAAAAUCUCAAAUUUGGACUCAUCAGACCAGAGGUAAAAUUUCCACUGGUCUAAUGUCCAUUGCUCGUGUUUCUUGCCCCAAGCAAGUCUCUUCUUCUUAUUGGUGUCCUUUAGUAGUGGUUUCUUUGCAGAAAUUCGACCAUGAAGGCCUGAUUCACACAGUCUCCUCUGAACAGUGAAUGGUGAGAUGUCUGUUACUUGAACUCUGUGAAGCAUUUAUUUGGGCUGCAACAUUUAUUUGGGUAACUCAAAUUAACUUAUCCUCUGCAGCAGAGGUAACUCUGGGUCUUCCAUUCCUGUGGCGGUCCUCAUGAGAGCCAGUUUCAUCAUAGCGCUUGAUGGUUUUUGCGACUGCACUUGAAUAAACUUUAAAAGUUCUUGAAAUGUUCCGUAUUGACUGACCUUCAUGUCUUAAAGUAAUGAUGGACUGUCGUUUCUCUUUGCUUAUUUGAGCUGUUCUUGCCAUAAUAUGGACUUGGUCUUUUACCAAAUAGGGCUGUCUUCUGUAUACCCCGCCUACCUUGUGACAACACAACUGAUUGGCUCAAACGCAUUAAAAAGGAAAGAAAUUCCACAAAUUAACUUUUAAGAAGGUACAGCUGUUAAUUGAAAUGCAUUCCAGGUGACUACCUCAUGAAGCUGGUUGAGAGAAUGCCAAGAGUGUGCAAAGCUGUCAUCAAGGUAAAGGGUGGCUAUUUGAAGAAUCUCAAAUGUAAAAUGUUUUGAUUUGUUUAACACUUUUUUGGUUACUACAUGAUUCCAUAUGUGUUAUUUCAUAUUUUUGAUGUCUUCACUAUUAUUUUACAAUGUAAAAAAUAGUAAAAAUAAAGAAAAACCCUUGAAUGAGUAGGUGUGUCCAAACUUUUGACUGGUAGUGUAUAUAUUUUCAAAUAACUGCACUUUUUCUGGGCCGCAAAUUGAUUUUGACAUACAAGUCAGUCCCAAAAAAAUCUGUGCAGUCCUCCGUUGAAUUUCGAAAGCCCUCGAGAUUAAAGGUUUGCCCACCCCUGCUCUAACCCUAUCCUCUUCUUGACAUGCUAGGUAGCCAUAAGUCUGGCAAAUGUCUCAGUCUCACUCUAAUACACACACACACACACACACAAUUUUCCUCCCACACACACACUCUAACCCUCUGGUGUCCCCUUCACUAGGUCCUGGUGAACUCUAACCCCCUGGUGUCCCCUCCUCUUGGUCCUUGUGAACUCUAACCGUCUGGUGUCCCCUCCUCUAGGUCCUGGUGAACUCUAACCCCCUGGUCUCCCCUCCUCUAGGUCCUGGUGAACUCUAACCCCCUGGUCUCCCCUCCUCUAGGUCCUGGUGAUCUCUAACACUCUGGUUUCCCCUCCACUAGGUCCUGGUGAACUCUAACCCUCUGGUGUCCCCUCCUCUUGGUCCUUGUGAACUCUAACGCUCUGGUCUCCCCUCCUCUUGGUCCUGGUGAACUCUAACCCUCUGGUCUCCCCUCCUCUAGGUCCUGGUGAACACUAACCGUCUGGGGGACCGUGUGGUGGUGAUCCCUGGUAAAGUAGAGGAGGUUACGCUACCGGAGCAGGUGGACAUCAUCAUCUCAGAGCCCAUGGGUUACAUGCUCUUCAACGAGAGGAUGCUGGAGAGCUACCUCCACGCCAAGAAGUUCCUCAAGCCUAGCGGUGAGACAGAGGGAAGGUUGGAGGGAGAGCAUAGAAAGGGGUAGCGUGGGAGGGAAGGAGAAAGCGAGAAAAUGUCAAGAGGUCUGAAGAUUAUUUUGAAUCCCUAGCAGUAAAUAAUAUUAAAGUCUACAUUUGAAACUGAGAGACAUAUUCAUCAUGACUAGCCACUAGUGAUUGUACCAUCAUUAACUGACUUCCUGUGUGUCGCAGGUAAAAUGUUCCCCACCAUCGGUGACGUGCACCUGGCCCCCUUCACAGACGAACAGCUCUACAUGGAGCAGUUCACCAAGGCCAACUUCUGGUGAGUAGGAGGGGAGGGAGGAGAGAAAAGGGGAGAGUGGGAGGAAGGAUGGGGUUGGAGGGACGGAGGGGGAAAUGGUAAGAGAAGAAGCAGCUCUGGGAGUUGAAGCAGUGAAUGGAAGGAGAUAUCAGUAACUUUUCAUUGGGCUGCUGUAGUUGAUGGGAUUGAGUUGAUAAUGAUUAUAUUUCUCACUCACUCAGGUACCAGCCUUCCUUCCAUGGUGUGGACCUCUCAGCCUUGCGAGGCGCAGCGGUGGACGAGUACUUUCGCCAGCCCAUUGUGGUACGUAGAUUUCUCAAUUGUAUGUCAGACUCUUGAACACCUAUUUUCUGACAUUGCCUGCACCUCCCACCAUGUGGGGUGCAGGGGGACGGUUAACUAGGAAAUGUACAGUGAGGGAAAAAAGUAUUUGAUCCCCUGCUGAUUUUGUACGUUUGCCCACUGACAAAGAAAUGAUCAGUCUAUAAUUUUAAUGGUAGGUUUAUUUGAACAGUGAGAGACAGAAUAACAAAAUGUUAUAAAUUGAUUUUCAUUUUAAUGAGGGAAAUAAGUGUUUGACCCCCUCUCAAUCAGAAAGAUUUCUGGCUCCCAGGUGUCUUUUAUACAGGUAACGAGCUGAGAUUAGGAGCACACUCUUAAAGGGAGUGCUCCUAAUCUCAGUUUACCUGUAUAAAAGACACCUGUCCACAGAAGCAAUCAAUCAAUCAGAUUCCAAACUCUCCACCAUGGCCAAGACCAAAGAGCUCUCCAAGGAUGUCAGGGACAAGAUUGUAGACCUACACAAGGCUGGAAGGGGCUACAUGACCAUCGCCAAGCAGCUUGGUGAGAAGGUGACAACAGUUGGUGUGAUUAUUUGCAAAUGGAAGAAACACAAAAUAACUGUCAAUCUCCCUCGGCCUGGGGCUCCAUGCAAGAUCUCACCUCGUGGAGUUGCAAUGAUCAUGAGAACGGUGAGGAAUCAGCCCAGAACUACACGGGAGGAUCUUGUCAAUGAUCUCAAGGCAGCUGGGACCAUAGUCACCAAGAAAACAAUUGGUAACACACUACGCCGUGAAGGACUGAAAUCCUGCACCGCCCGCAAGGUCCCCCUGCUCAAGAAAGCACAUAUACAGGGCCGUCUGAAGUUUGCCAAUGAACAUCUGAAUGAUUCAGAGGAGAACUGGGUGAAAGUGUUGUGGUCAGAUGAGACCAAAAUCAAGCUCUUCGGCAUCAACUCAACUCGUCGUGUUUGGAGGAGGAGGAAUGCUGCCUAUGACCCCAAGAACACCAUCCCCACUGUCAAACAUGGAGGUGGAAACAUUAUGCUUUGGGGGUGUUUUUCUGCUAUGGGGACAGGACAACUUCACCGCAUCAAAGGGACGAUGGACGGGGCCAUGUACUGUCAAAUCUUGGGUGAGAACCUCCUUCCCUCAGCCAGGACAUUGAAAAUGGGUCGUGGGUGGGUAUUCCAGCAUGACAAUGACCCAAAAGACACGGCCAAGGCAACAAAGGUGUGGCUCAAAAAGAAGCACAUUAAGGUCCUGGAGUGGCCUAGCCAGUCUUCAGACCUUAAUCCCAUAGAAAAUCUGUGGAGGGAGCUGAAUGUUCGAGUUGCCAAAUGUCAGCCUCGAAACCUUAAUGACUUGGAGAAGAUCUGCAAAGAGGAGUGGGACAAAAUCCCUCCUGAGAUGUGUGCAAACCUGGUGGCCAACUACAAGAAACGUCUGACCUCUGUGAUUGCCAACAAGGGUUUUGCCACCAAGUACUAAGUCAUGUUUUGCAGAGGGGUCAAAUACUUAUUUCCCUCAUUAAAAUGCAAAUCAAUUUAUAACAUUUCUGACAUGCGUUUUUCUGGAUUUUUUUGUUGUUAUUCUGUCUCUCACUGUUCAAAUAAACCUACCAUUAAAAUUAUAGACUGAUCAUGUCUUUGUCAGUGGGCAAACGUACAAAAUCAGCAGGGGAUCAAAUACUUUUUUCCCUCACUGUAUAUGGGAGGGGUGUUUAAGGCCUGAAAUAGUCAGGGGGUAUGUGGGGACAAGAGCUGUUUGUGGAAGAUUGGGUGGCAAAGUACGGACUGGCCAGUGUGUUUGUUUACCUCCAAGGGUGGUACAUGAGGUGUGUGUGUGUGUCUAUGGGCAAACGCUGAUGCAGGAUAGGAGAUUGCCUGUAUGGGAGUUUGUGUUUGUGGUAGGAGAUACCACAGUUACACUGUGUGUGUGUGUUAUGAAGGCUGGGAUAAAUAAGCUAGAUGCAGUCUGAGUUUAGGAUCCCAAUGUUUUCGCCCAGUCCAGCUCCCCUAGUCUUAACACCACAGAACCAACAGUACGGUUUCAACAGUACUAUCACUGCUCAUAUGAAUCUCAACCCUUUUAUCACACACAGCACCACACACACACCGACAGCGACACACACACCCUUUUCCAGCGGUAGUCAGCUGGGCAGGCCUCCUCCGUGCCUGCUCCAGUGUUACUCUGCUGGGAGAGCCUGGUUCUGGGUACAGCCUCUGUUCUAGAUCAUUCAAAUAAGACAUAGACUGUCUCCAUACCCACUCAAGCCAAUGCUGCCGUAAAACAUUUAUCUCACUGGGACUUACCUGGAUACUCGCUUCCCUCUAUCUCUCCAUCCCCUCUUCCCUCUCUCUCCCUCCCCUCUUCCCUCUCUCUCUCUUCCCUCUCCUCUUCCCUCUCUCUCUCUCUCCCUCCCCUCUUUCCUCUCUCUUCCCUCUCUCUCCCUCCCCUCUUCCCUCUCUCUCUCUUCCCUCUCUCUCUCUUCCCGCUCUCUCUCUAUUCCCUCUCUCUCCCUCUUCCCUCUCUCUCUCCUUCCUCCUUUUUCUUUCCCUCCCCAUCUCAGGACACAUUUGAUAUCCGUAUCUUGAUGGCCAAGUCUGUCAAAUACACAGUCAACUUCCUGGAGGCCAAAGAGGAGGAUUUGUACAGGUGUGUGUGUCUGUGUGCCGUCUGUCUGUGUCUGUUAUUCCCUCAUAUAUUUAUUAUUGAAUUGUUAUUCUUAGAUUGAGCUGAGAAUUGCGAUGCAUAGAUACAUGUUACAGAAUGUGGGGAUGUCCUACUUCUCUAAUAUGGUGCUGCUUCCAAUUCGAAAUUCCUACAUCAGCAAAACAUACUACAUAAUUCCUUCUACUAGUGUGUAAAAAUAACCGUAAAGCGGCAAUCAGCAGUAGAAACGAUAACAAAGUGAAUUCCCCACCCCUCUUUAGGUAAAAAGCUGAGGGAUGGGGCUGGAGAAAUGUAACCACUCUCAAAUGCAAGGACUGACCAUCCAUGAUAUCAAAAUUAUAGUUUUAAACAUGUUUUGACUUGAUAUAUUGUUUACAUUUACUUUGUUUACAAACAUUGGAGUAAAACAAAUAUUUUGGGUUCUGAUGGGUUAUGACAGUUGAACUAAGUUCAUUAGGCAUUUCUAAGUUAAAUACUUCAAGACUCAAUGGGCACAUAUCAUUAAUUUAUAAGUCCAAAAAUGGAUGUAGCAACUGCUGAUUGCCCCUUUAACUAGACUAACACUUAUCCCACUCUUUUCUCUCUUUCCCUCUCUCUCUCCCCUUCUCUCUCGCUCUCUCUUUCAGGAUAGAGAUUCCCUUUAAGUUCCAUAUGAUGCACUCAGGGCUGGUGCACGGCCUGGCCUUCUGGUUCGAUGUAGCGUUCAUGGGAUCAAUGUAAGUCGGCCUAAGCUGCCUUAACCAAUCACCGGGGGCCAGGGCUGAAGUGUGUGUGUGUGUGUGUGUGUGUGUGUGUGUGUGUGGUCAGAAGGUCACAGGAAUUACUGUAAAAUCUGAUCACUUGAUCCAGGACUCCUGACCUAUAUGGAUCCUGACUAUAUCUACACCCUCACUUUCCUUUUUCUUUGAUCACUUGUUUUUUUAUUUCUCACAGACGUUGCAACAAACACCAAGACAGAAAGCGGGUGCAACUUAAAAGCAAUACCAUAUAGUACAAUACAUUCACUAUAGAAACAUUUCACAAUAAGUUGUAGCUAUAGAAACAUUUCACAAUAAGUUGUAACUAUAGAAACAUUUCACAAUAAGUUGUAGCUAUAGAAACAUUUCACAAUAAGCUGUAGCUAUAGAAACAUUUCAUAAUAAUAAUAAUAAUGUGCCAUUUAGCAGACGCUUUUAUCCAAAGUGACUUACAGUCAUGUGCUCAUACAUUUUUGUGUAUGGGUGGUCCCGGGGAUCGAACCCACUACCUUGGCGUUACAAGCGCCGUGCUCUACCAGCUGAGCUACAGAGGACCACAAUAAGUUGUAACUAUAGAAACAUUUCACAAUAAGUUGUAACUAUAGAAACAUUUCACAAUAAGUUGUAAAUGGCUGUUCCUACUGUAUAUCUGACAAUGCUUGUACUGUAGUAGGAUGACGUUGAUUGAACCUUAAAGUAUCCUGACCUCUAACCCCCCUCCCUCUCUCUGCAGGGUGACAGUGUGGCUCUCCACGGCUCCCACAGAGCCCCUGACCCACUGGUACCAGGUCCGCUGUCUGCUCCAGUCACCCCUCUUCACCAAGGCAGGAGACACACUCUCCGGCACAGCACUGCUCAUCGCCAACAAGAGGUAAGGGACUGUAGAGGGGUCUACUGGGGGUCUGUUAGGGAUGGGAGGCUUUGGCUUGUGUUAUAAUAUGACACUUGUGUGUGUAGGUGAUGUACAGUGCGCUCCAUUAGUAUUGAGACAGUGACAUUAUUAUUUUUUGCCUCAUACAAUGACUAUGGGGUUCAAGUGCAGACUGUCAGCUUUAAUUUGAGGGUAUUUUCAUCCAUAUCGGGUUAACCAUUUAGAAAUGACAGCACUUUAUGUAUGUAGUCCCCCCAUUUUAAGGGAACCAAAAGUAUGGAAACAAAUUCAUCUGUGUGUAUUAAAGUUGUAAAAAUUUAAGUAUUUGGACCCAAUCGUCAUAGCACGCAAUGACCACAUCAAGCUUGUGACUCUACACAUUUGUUGGAUGCAUUUGCUGUUUGUUUUGGUUGUUUCCGAUUCUUUUGUGGCCAGUUGAAAUUAAUGGUAAAUAAUGUAUUGUCAUUUUUGAGUCACUUUUAUUGUAAAUAACAAUAGAAUAUGUUUCUAAACACUUCUACAUUAAUGUGGAUGCUACCAUGAUUACAUAUAAUCCUGAAUGAAUCGUGAAUAAUGAUGAGUGAGAAAGUUAGUGUAACCUCAUGCUAACCUCUCACCAUUACAAUAACAGAGGAGCUUAGCAUUUGGUGGGGGUGGGGUGGGGGGGGUGAUGAUAUUUGUGCAUCUGUAACUUCAUAGUCAUUGUAUCAUUUAAAAUUCAAAGUGCUGGGGUACAGAGCCAAAACAACGUGUCACUGUCCCAAUACUUUUGGAGCUCACUGUGUGUACAGUGCCUUCGGAAAAGUAUUCAGACCACUUGACUUUUUCCACAUUUUGUUACAUUACAGCCUUAUUCUAAAAUGGAUUAAAUAAAAUAAAUCCUCAGUAAUCUACACACAAUACCCCAUAAUGACAAAGUGAAAACAAUGUUAUAAAAAAUAUAAAAAACAGAUAGCUUUGCUAUGAGACUUGAAAUGGAGCUCAGGUGCAUCCUGUUUCCAUUGAUCAUCCUUGAGAUGUUACUACAGCUUGAAUGGAGUCUACUGUGGUCAAUUCAAUUGAUUGGACAUGAUUUGGAAAGGCACAGACCUGUCUAUAUAAGGUCCCACAGUUGACAGUGCAUGUCAGAGCAAAAACCAAGCCAUGGGGUCGAAGGAAAUGUCUGUAGAGCUCAGAGACAUGAUUGUGUCGAGGCACAGAUCUGGGGAAGGGUACCAAAACAUUUCUGUAGCAUUGAAGGUCCCCAAGAACACAGUGGCGUCCAUCAUUCUUAAAUGGAAGAAGUUUGGAACCACCAAGACUCUUCCCCGGCCAAACUGAGCAAUCUGGGGAGAAGGGCCUUGGUCAGGGAGGUGACCAAGAACCCGAUGGUCACUCUGACAGAGCUCUAGAGUUCCUCUGCGGAGAUGGGAGUACCUUCCAGAAGGACAACAAUCUCUGCAGCACUCCACCAAUCAGGCCUUUAUGGGAGACUGGCUAGACGGUAGACACUCCUCAGUAAAAGGCACAUGACAUCCCCCUUGGAGUUUGCCAAAAGGCACCCAAAGAUUCUCAGACCAUGAGAAACAAGAUUCUCUGGUCUGAUGAAACCAAGAUUGAAAUCUUUGGCCUGAAUGCCAAAUGUCACGUCUGGAGGAAACCUGGCACCAUCCCUACGGUGAAGCAUGGUGGUGGCAGCAUCAUGCUGUGGGGAUGUUUUUCAGCGGCAGGGACUAGGAGACUAGUCAGGAUCGAGGGAAAGAUGAAUGAAGCAAAGUACAGAGAGAUCGUUGAUGAACCUGCUCCAGAGUGCUCAGGACCUCAGACUGGGACGAAGGUUCACCUUCCAACAGGACAACGACCUUAAGCACACAGCCAAGAGAACUCAGGAGUGGCUUCGGGACAAGUCUGAAUGUCCUUGAGUGGCCCAGCCAGAGCCCGUACUUGAACCCGAUCGAACAUGUCUGGAGAGACCUGAAAAUAGCUGUGCAGCAACGCUUCCCAUCCAACCUGACAGAGCUUGAGAGGAUCUGCAGAGAAGAAUGGGAGAAACUCCCCAAAUACAGAUGUGCCAAGCUUGUAGCGUCAUACCCAAGAUGACUCAAGACUGUAAUCGCUGCCAAAGGUGCUUCAACAAAGUACUGAGUAAAGGGUUUGAAUACUUAUGUAAAUGUGAUAUUUUGUUUUUUAUUUUUAUUUUUUAUUAGCAAACAUUUCUACAAACUUGUUUUUGCUUUGUCAUUAUGGGGUAUUAUGUGUAGAUUGAUGAGGGGGUAAAACAAUUCAAGCAAUUUUAGAAAAGGCUCUAACAUAACAAAAUGUGGAAAAAGUCAAGGGGUCUGAAUACUUUCUGAAGGCACUGUAUAUAUGUGUGUUACAAAUGUGUGCUUGCUGUCUCUGUUUCUCUCCCUUCUCACCUCCUCCAUACCAACACCUUCUCUCCUCCCAUACCAACCCCGGCUCUCUUCCCUCCCCACAGACAAAGCUAUGACAUCAGUAUUGUUGCACAAGUGGACCAGACAGGCUCCAAGUCCAGCAACCUCCUGGACUUGAAGAACCCCUUUUUCAGGUGAGUUGGUCUGUUCCGCUGCCCUUGGCCUGUGCCAUUCAGGAUAACGAGGGGGGGGGGAAGGGGAGCUCCCUCUCAUGGCGUGUAUGUUGUUGUGUAUGUGUGUGUUUUUGUAGGUACACAGGCAGCACCCCCACCCCCCCUCCUGGGUCGCACUACACCUCCCCCUCUGAGACCAUGUGGAACAAUGGGGGGGCCUACAGCAUGAGCCAGGGCAUGGCUGUGUCAGGUAAAUACACACACAUAGAGGACACAGGUAGAGGGGACACAUACGCACACAGAAGACAUACCCACACACACUGCAUGAGGCAGAACAAUGUUGUGUCGGGUAAACGCACACACAGACAAAAAACAAACACAAUCUGACCCAUGAUAACAUCAUGACCAAAUGUCUUACUAAACUGUAGUAAUAUCCCAGAAUAGAUCAGGCUAACAGAGUAGCAGACAGACAGGGGAUGCAUGCUCUCUCUGAGGGGAAAACGGUGUGUGAGAGAAAGGAUGCUUAUGCUUCUCCUGUGCUUUUCUCUAUUUCGCUCCCCAUCUCUCUCGUUCUCUCUUCUCCCCAUCUCUCUCGUUCUCUCUUCUCCCCAUCUCUCUCGUUCUCUCUUCCCCGUCUCAUCCUCUCAUCUCUCUCUCCUCUCUCUCAGGGAUGCCUACAGCCUAUGACCUCAGUACGGUCAUGGGCAGCGGCUCGACGGUGUCCCACAACAACCUCAUCCCCCUCGGUAGGAUACUAUGGACUGACUGACAAACCGACAGACUGAGACAUCACAGACAGUGUGACUGACUGUGUGUGUGUGUGUGUUUGCACAUUUGUGUGUGUUUGUUAAUACACAGUCUCACUGUUACCUCUAUUCCUGCCCUCCCUCAGUGAACACAGGGAUAGUGAAUCACACCCACUCAAGGAUGGGCUCCAUCAUGAGCACAGGAAUCGUCCAGGGUACGUCUCUUUAUACACUAUACCAGAGUUCCCUCCCCCCCGAGUGCACGUUUUGGUUUUUACCCUAGCACUACACAGCUGAUUCAAAUAAUCAAAGGUUGAUGAUGAGGGGGCAGGACAGGACAGAGUUUGGGAAACCCUGCACUAUACUACAUCAAGUCAACAGCUUCCUAAACGCCUAUCAUUUGUGUAAAUAGAGGGGAUGGAUUCUGAAGUAUGUGACAUAGUUGGCCCACAACCAAUCAAGGGAAGGUGAUAACACUCUUUCCCUCUCUCUCCCGCCCCUUUUCUCCCCAUCACUCUUUCUCCCUCAUCUCUCCAGGAGCUUCUACUGGCCAGUCAGGUCCUAGCAGCAGCAGCUCUAACCAGCAGCAGCAUUAUCCCGUCACCAACCAGUUCACCAUGGGGGGACCCGCCAUCUCCAUGGCCUCUCCCAUGGCCAUCCCUAGCAACACCAUGCAUUAUGGGAGUUAAGACCUCGUCACCCCUCACCUCCGACCCCCUGCAUGACCUCUACUAGCCCCUCCCCCUGACCGACCAUAGCCAGAACCAGAAUACCAAAACCAGUGCUGUCAUGUUGUCCCUUCAGCACCUUCCUUCUUCUUUCUCCUUUACUGUCCAUCUCUCCAUCUAUCACUGGUGUUAUUCGCUCAUAUCCGUCCCUCCCUGCCGCUACAGACACUCUCUCCGUUUUGAGAGCUGUUCCCCUACUCCCUCCCUCCCUCAUCAUCGUGCAGCAGCUGCUAUGAUAUCCCCAGUCCAGCCAGAGGGUGGCAGCACCUCUACGUUCAACUGACAGACUGAUCAGCACAAGAAAUUGGCCGUUUUUUUGAAUGGAGAGCUGAACUGAUGUGAACUUUGUUUGACUGGACCUUUUUAUGCUUUACAGACGCAUACAUGUACACCUACACACACAUAUUGAACACAGAGACAUUUGUUGCAAAGAAGAACUCAUUGUACGACUGUACAGCAGGUAUCAUCUCUUUUAUCCGGGUUCCCUCACUCCUCUCCUCCCUUUUGGACAUUUGGCCUCCCAUAGUGCCGGUGUGAUGCCCCACCCUUCCCCCUCUUCCACCAAACACACACCCAACCCCAUCCACUACAGCCAGUCGCCAUCCCCCCUCCCCUCAUCGCUGGAUUGGAUGUCCCCCACUACAGAUCUACACUGAAAGGACGGGGCUUUCCUAUACAGUAGAACACUAUGAACACCCCUCACCGACCGCCAUUUUGUUUUCAUAUCGAGGCACUUCUCCACCUGCCUGUAGAGCCUCUCUCCUUAAGAGACGGCCCCAUUCCAGACCGCUAGCUCCGCUCCACCCCCCCCACCCAAGUUGUUUGUCUGGUCGUCCAUAGUGGUAGUCUUUAGCCCAGUAGACCUAGGCUGUCCCUCAAGACACCCUAUUCACUAUACAGUGCUCUACUUUUGACUAGAGCCACAUGGCCAAAUGAAGUGCACUAUAUAGGGAAUAAG